AUGGAAGGAGAGACUCAGCCGCUGCUUCAGGAACAGUAUACGUUCCCGCGAUACGACGAAACCUCGACGCGUCGGGACGAUGAACUUCCAUCGCCCGCGCCCGGGAAAUACCUCAGCUGGACGACAGCGUAUAUCCUCGUCGUGUCGCGCGUCAUCGGCAGCGGCAUCUUCGCGACGCCCGGAUCGAUUGUGAAAUCGUCGGGGAGCGUUGGACUUUCCCUCGUACUAUGGAUUGCAGGUACGAUCAUCUCAGCGUGCGGAAUGGUCGUGUCGAUGGAGUACGGGUGCAUGCUCCCUCGCUCAGGAGGCGAUAAAGUCUACCUUGAAUACACAUACCCGCGCCCUCGCUUCCUCGCGUCGACUCUUGUGGCCGUACAAGCUGUGCUACUGGGAUUUACUGCAAGCAACUGCAUCAUCUUCGCCAAAAUAAAACUGGUAGCAGCCGGCCUGCUAACCCUCAUCACAAUCGUGCACGGCUGCUUCCGGCAGACGGGAAUCUGGAUCCAGAACGUCCUCGGGUGGCUCAAGAUCUUCCUCAUCGGAUCGAUUUCAUUGACGGGGAUCUGGGUGAUCUUGCUCCGCCCAUCGGAUAUCGCCAGCGGCGCGGGACAAAAGCAGCACCACCCGUUUGCAUGGGACACGCUGUUCGAGGGGUCAAACUGGAGCUGGAACCUCCUCUCGACAUCCCUCUUCAAAGUCACAUACUCAUAUGCCGGAUUAAACAACGUCAACAACGUCCUCAGCGAAGUCCGCGAUCCGAUCCGCACGAUCAAAACGGUAUGCCCCGCGGCGCUGCUGACGUCAGGGGUCCUAUACCUGCUCGCAAACGCAUCGUAUUUCCUCGUCGUCCCGCUCGACGAGAUCAAGGAGAGCGGCGAGCUUGUUGCGGCCCUCCUCUUUGAACGACUCUUUGGUGACCGCAUUGGCGGGAUCCUCUUCCCGCUUGCGAUUGCUAUUUCGGCGGCGGGGAAUGUUAUGGUUGUUACGUUUGCGUUGGCCCGCGUUAACCAAGAAAUCGCCCGACAAGGCUUUCUCCCCUGGGGCGACAUCCUCUCCUCCUCGCGCCCUUUCGGAACCCCCCUCUGGGGUUUGAUAGUGCACUACUUUCCCUCGCUGCUCGUCAUAACGCUCCCACCCCAGGGCGACGUGUACAACUUUAUCCUCGACGUCGAGGGGUAUCCCGGCACGAUCUUUGGGCUAGCGAUUACGGGUGGACUACUGCUCCUCCGCUACCGCGAGCCGAACCUUUUCCGCCCAUUCAAGGCCUGGUUGCCGGCUGUUUGGUUGAGGAUUUUGGUGAGUGUUGCGCUGGUAAUCGCGCCGUUCAUCCCGCCGCCUGGGUUCAGGGGGGACGUGGAGUUUUUCUAUGCGACGUAUGCGAUUGUGGGGAGUUCCGUGAUUGUCUUUGGGGUGCUUUAUUGGUAUGUUUGGACGGUGCUACUACCGAAAUGGGGAGGGUAUGGACUUGAAGAGGAGGAGAGGGUACUCGAUGAUGGGACGACUGCGACGAAGUUGGUUCGGGCAUAUGAUACGUAG